AUGGGUAACCAGUGUUGUUCUGCAGCUACAUGCAAAAACAGGAAAAUAGCAAACAUAAAUAAUACAUCGUUACCACAAUCUAUAAAACCUCCCUUGCAUAGAUAGAAUUCUGCUAAUGCACCGAGGAAAAUACAGAUUAUUUAGAAUGAUGUAGAUGAAAGACCAAAUACAGCAACUGUUCACAAUCCAUUAUAUACAGAAUAAGAGACACAGCAGCCUAUUUUUGGGAAUUCUAGCCUUCAUAAACCAAACUUGAGUAUGAGGAAUCGUAGAGAAGAAGAAAAGCCAGCUAGUCCAUCCUCAAAGAAUAACUACAAAGUAGCUCCAUUUCAGCAUUCAUAGACUUUGCAAGUGCCUUCUAGAAAUUCUUCGAGGAAUGCAUCUAUGAAUUAGCAUUAUCGAUAGAAUACGCUCGGAUCAAAUCUCAGUAUGGAUAGAGAUAACUUUGAUGUUGAUAAUAAUUGUGAUGAUUAAACUUCUAAUGAGAAUAUAAUCAAAAUGCCCAAGCUCAAAGUAUCUCCAACUAUCGGAAUAUCUAAAGAUUGGCUACCUCCUAGUCACUAAAAGUCUUUAGUGCCAUCUUCAGACUAGAUGGGCUAAGAUGAAUAUUACAUAUCAGAUGAUGGACUUGUUGAGCGUAAAAGAUCAUCUAUUCAUUAGAUUUUUGAAAAGAAAACCACCUAAAGUCCAAAAAAGUCACCUAAAAUGUAGAGUCUUCUGCCUGAUUUGCAUCCAUCAGGAACAAUAGGUAUCUUAUCUUUUGGUGGAGGAAAUAAUGAAGGAUUUGACUUCACUCUUCAGAAAAAUAAUAAGGGCUCUAAUCCUAACACAGGUAGAGUAUAGUCUUCGUACUCUUUAGGCCAAAAGUCGAAUAAGCUUGAUACUUUCAAUUCUAGGUUGAAAUCUAAUAGAGUGCUAGAUGAUGAUCCUAUUGAAGAGUCUGAGGGAACUGAUUUUGAAAGAGAAAAUACAAUGCCGCUUCCUUAAGAAAUUAAGAAAGACUCUUUCAUAUCAUAGGAAUUUAUUUCAAAUGAAAAAACUUCAUCGCAAAUUACUCAAAUUUAGGAAAUUGAGGCUAAUAAAAACUUUCUUAAUGUUACUCAAACCUAGAAUCUACUUAUUCCUUCUGACGGGACAUUAAAUGAAGAGAAUAGAUUUUUAUUUGGAGUUCGAUAGCAGACUAAAGACCUUAAACAGUAAUAAACUGGUAACUUUCUGCAAGAUUCAUUUAUAAAGCAGAAUAGCAAUAAUAAUGAUGAUGCUGUAUCUAUAAAGAGUAGAUUUGUAAAAAAUGAGCAAAUAGAGAAUAGCAAAGUCUUAGAUAAUUAAAAUUUUGCCUACUUUGUUGAGGACUACCUUUUUCAUAAAAGCCAAAGCUAGAAAGACCAAGAAGAUGCAAUGUCAAGUCCAGUAUUAGGAAAAAAGAAGUCUACUCAAAUUUCUGAUUAGAAAGAGUAUUUCAAAGACUAAGGUACGCCAAUGAGAUAAAUAGAAUUGCAAGAAAUGCUGCCAAAUAUUGAUAAAAAUGAAAAUUUAACAUUAGUAUCACUUAAUGAGUUACCUUUUACUUACAGUGAGAUUAAAAGAAAUCCAGAUAAGUAUCAAUAAUUCAAAAUUUUAGUAGAAAAUUGCGCAGAUGAUAAAAUUAAUCAAAUAAAUUAGUAAUAAAUUCAACCAUUGUCCAAUUCAAGCAAGAGAUAAAGAUCAACUUUAAUGAAUAAGAGAAAUUCAGCUAAAAACUCUAUACUUAAGAAGAUAGACAGCACUCAGGAUUAAAUUGAGAUAGAAAAUAUUUUGGAGUAACUGAUGCCACUUACCAAUACUGCCUCAAUGAAAAAAAAUAGUUCAAUCAGCUCAGGGUUCAAUGCUGCAAUGGGUGGUAGCACUAACAAUAAAAACUUACCAAAUAUCAAAGAUAAAAAGAUAAGCUUGAACACAAUUGAAAACUAAUUUAGCAGUAAUGAGCAUGAAGGACUUUCUCCCUAAAUAAAAAAGAUUUAAGAUUUCAAGUAAGAAAGUGAGAAAAUUUUGUAUAACAAUAAAGACCAAGAAAUGGCACAAAUAGAAAUGAUGAAGAUGUUCCAGCUAAGCAAAUAGAAGACCUAAGUUUUGGGAGCAAUUCAAUUUUCUAGUCUAGGGUUUCAAUCUAAUCUUAAUUACGAAUUGGAAAAGGGUAGCACGAUUGACUCGAAUAAACCGAAAAUUGUUGGAUCAAAAUAUCAUUUUUAAACAAGAUCAUCAUCCAAAGGUAGUAUGAUAGUUGACAUGAAUAGACACCAAUCUACUCCAUUAUCAGGUGAAAAGUUUGGUUCAAGAAAUAUUUAAGUUAACAAGCCAACAAUGGUUUUGAGACCGAUAAAAAAACUGACUUUAAAGCUAAACAAUAAUUACGAACAAAUUUAAGCGAUUCUAGAAGAAAGAAAAGAGGAUAAAAUAGCUUAAGAAAAAUAGACAUUAAAAGCUAUAAUGAGAGUAAAUGCUCCAGAAGAAUUUUAAGAUGAAGAUAACUUUUUAAGCAGUGCGAAAAAACCUAUUCAUUGGAGAUUCUCAAGUAAUUCUGAUGCUAACUUCCUUAAAGACUUUAAUAAUAGUGGCAGAAAUAAUAUGCAACUUGAGUAAAGCUAGGAUUCAAGCAAGAAUUACAAUAACUCCAACAGGAAUAUAGUAAUAGCUUAAGAGGAUAAUUAAAGACAAUCACCCCCAUACUUAAGGACCAAAACAUCAGACCUGAGUCCAUUAGCUGAAACAAUUGAAGUAAGUGAGGAUUUAAUGGCCGGUGGAACUUUAAUUACAGAUAAUUAAAGCGAUAUUUCCGGCACUCCAAGUGAAAUGAGAAACGGUAAUAAAAAUUUAACUUAAGUUUAUUUAGUCUCUCAAUAUAUGAAAUCAGAUAUUAGUCUGAGUCAAUCUAUAAUUGAAAUUGAGUAUGGGAAAAUAUCAGCAGGAGAAAAUACGCCAAAACCAAACACUUACCUUUACAAAAAUCAAAGCUUAGUUGAUGUUUCCCAGCCCUAGACUUAAAGAAAUGAAAAUACAGAGAAAAAACCUAGCAAAUCAAAACCACAACUUCUAUAAGCAAAAAAGGAAAACAAAAUAAAUGAUGAUAAUGUUAGUAUAAAGAGCAAUAACCUUUUGAAUUAAGCUAAUAUAUCCUACAGUGUCAUUCAAAAGAAGGAAAAUGGAAAGAAAAAAAUAAAUCAAUACAUUAUCAUGAAAGACAUUGGUAAAGGAAGUUUUGGAAAAGUUAAGUUAGUGUUAAAUUCAAAUGAAAAUAAUAAACCGUGCGCUAUGAAAAUUCUUUCAAAGAGAAAACUAAACAAAAUUUUUGUUGGAAAAAAUAGAACAGCGAUGCAUGACGUUAUGCAAGAGAUUGCUAUAAUGAAGAAGCUGGAUCACUAAAAUAUUGUUAAACUUUAUGAAGUUCUAGACGAUCCUACAGUCGAUAAGCUCUACAUAAUAAUGGAAUAUGUAAAAAAUGGAUCAAUGAUGUCUAAGCUCGGAAAAUCAAAGACUAUACAACCUCAGCAUCUUUGGAAAUACUUUAGAGACUUAUUAACUGGAAUGCAUUAUUAUGAAACAGAACGUAUUAAGAUUAGUGAUUUCGGAGUUUCAUUUAUUGUUGAAAAUGGUUGUGAUGAGAUUUAGUCAACUGCUGGCUCAAAUUACUUCUUUGCUCCUGAAAUUUGCUAAGGCAAUUCUUAUAAAGGCAAAAAAUCUGAUAUUUGGGCUGCUGGCGUUACUCUAUACUUUAUGAUGUUCAAAAAGUACCCAUUUACUGCUUCAAACAUUCCUAUUCUUUACAACAAGAUUCUUAACAACGAACCUGAAUUCCCUCCUGAUGCUAAUAUCCUUUUAUUAGAUCUUUUAAAAAAGAUGUUCAUAAAAGAUCCAGUUUAGAGAAUAUCACUUCAGGAAAUUAUAAAUCAUGACUGGGUCUCUUGCAAUGGAAUUCAACCCUUGCAGAUACACUUAUACCCUUCUAUAACUCUUAAUCCCUCAGAUGCUACAUUAGCUAUCUAGCGGGUAUCACUUAUUGCAAAAAUCAGACUUAAGAUAAAAGCUAAAGUUCGCUAAAUUAAUCAAAAAAGAAGAACCUUAGGGUUAUUAUCCUAAAAAGGUUCCAUAGAAUAAUGA